AUGAGAGCGCAGAGCGAAGAGGCCGAGCUGAAACGGCUACUGGACAGACUGAAAAAUCAGGGGAUGUUCGACGAGGUGCAAAAAAACACAGUGGACAAGAAUAUAGUGAAAAAAAUAGCAAUCCUGUACGACAUUUUCAGGCGAAUAAACGAGGGGAAUGGAACCCUCAUCGGAAAUAGCAACUCCGACUUCGUAUACACGAGUGACAUUAAGUAUGCAUUAAAAUACGACGACUUCGUUCGGGUGAGGUUUCACAUCAUCCCCGUGGAAAGAAAAAAAGGAAUCCUCCGCUUAGGAGAACAGGAAAAAAAUUACCACUUCAUUGAAAAUAUGAACCACAUCGUAAGUAACAUAUACAACCCCUCCAGUUAUGAUCAGUUCAUAAAUAAUCGUAUCAAGGAAGAUACGGAAAAAUUGAACUCCAUGAUCAAGUGCCUCAACGAAAUUGAGUCGGCCUAUAUUUACAGGUACCGCAGUGACAACAACAUUAAAAUAACAUUUGAAAUAUUUUGCCAUAAUUUUUAUACCUUUCUAUCAUAUGAUUAUAAAAAGAAAUCAUGCAUACAAAACUUUUGCAAAAAAUAUUCCCAGGUGGAAGUUAGUAACCAAUUCCAGUUGUCCACACCUCAGAAUAUUAUUCACAUAAAUUCCAUGGGAACUGUGAUGCACCCCUCCGUUGAUCAGUAUGAAAGAGAUACUUUGGAGAAACUCAAGCCCUUCAUUUUCGAAUCGUUUGAAAUGGUGAAGGAGCUACACACCAUGGGUCAUAGGAGCAAUCGUCCUUUUGGGGGGGCUCAACUGGACAACGAUUUUUUCGUUAAAAAUACCCAUUAUGAGGAUGACAUGAGGCACCUCAUUCGCAUGGAGCGGGCAGCCAACGAGUAUAGGCGUUUGCGUGCCGGCUUGGCAAAGCGGUGA